UGAGGAGGGUUUUCUUGCGGUAGCUUCCGGGAGGCCCUUUUGUUGUUGUCGGCUUGUUCGGGUGGGCUUGUGCCGGGCGCUGGACUUGUAGUUGCCGCGAUGAACCGCCUGUUUGGGAAGUCGAAGCCCAAGGCGCCGCCUCCGAACUUGACGGAUUGUAUUGGCACGGUGGAUAGCAGGGCAGAGUCCAUUGACAAGAAAAUUUCAAGGCUUGAUGCAGAACUGGUGAAGUAUAAAGAUCAAAUGAAGAAAAUGAGGGAGGGACCUGCAAAGAACAUGGUAAAGCAGAAAGCCUUGAGAGUAUUAAAACAGAAGCGAAUGUAUGAAAAUCAGCGUGAUAAUCUUGCCCAGCAGUCAUUCAACAUGGAGCAAGCCAAUUAUACAAUCCAGUCAUUGAAAGAUACGAAAACAACGGUUGAUGCCAUGAAACUGGGAGUGAAGGAAAUGAAAAAGGCUUACAAGCAAGUUAAAAUUGAUCAUAUUGAGGAUCUGCAAGACCAGUUGGAAGAUAUGAUGGAAGAUGCUAGUGAAAUUCAGGAAGCAUUGGGUCGUAGUUAUGGAACCCCAGAAAUUGAUGAAGAUGACUUGGAGGCUGAACUGGAAGCACUGGGUGAUGAACUUCUAGCCGAUGAAGAUAGCUCCUAUCUAGAUGAAGCUGCGUCUGUUCCAUCAAUUCCAGAGGGUGUGCCAACUGAAACUAAAAAUAAAGAUGGUGUGCUGGUGGAUGAAUUUGGACUGCCACAGAUCCCUGCAACAUAACUUCACAAGUUAAUGGGGAAUGCUAUUUUUCAUCUUAUAAACUCCUAAACAAAAGCCUUUGAGGAGUGAUGGGGAUCAUAGUGCUCCAUUAUCACUCAAUAUUACUAUCAUGAAAUAUGGAGUGAACAAUGACUGUUAACUCCUGUUCUAAGAAGAUAUUUUAUUACUAGCUUUUGUAUUAACAAGAAAUUGACACUACUCUUUGCUUCGGUGGAAUCCAUUCAGAACUCCAAAACUCAUCUUCAUCACUAUUUGUAGAAAUAUUGUUGGAAAGUAUUUGGGACUAUUUAUAGUUUCUUUUGAUUUUAUGUUUCUCUGGACAAUAGAAGGCAGUUCUGAUUAUUUAUCUUACAAUAACUUUAUUAUGCUUGCUGUGAUCAUGAACAUUUUCUAAGAAUACUUGUAUGUUGACUUUGUUGCUAAUAUAGCUUCCAUCACCCAUAAGUGUAGCUGCUUAAAAAUGCAUUCAAGAGUUUCUAUAA